CCUUUCUCAUACCCCUCGAGCCCUCACUCUUGAUCAGUGUGGGCGCGAUGGGGCUCAUAGGUGUGGCCUAUGCCAUCGCAUUUAUACCCACAUUUGAAUCUAUAUUAGACAUCGCAUUAGAUAAAGGAUUUUCAGACAAUAUCUCAACCUAUAGUCUAGUCUCAGGCCUAUGGAGUGCUAUGUAUUCAUUGGGUGAAGUGACGGGUCCGUCGCUCGGGGGAUGGCUAUCGGAAAACUUUGACUUUUCAAUCGCGUCCACAAUUAUGGCCGCAUUUGCGUUAAUGGGUGCCAUAAUCGCCGGAAUCACGUUCUUCUUCGUGCAAUACGAGGAGUCCGACUCAUCCUCGUCUUCAUCCUCUUCC